AUGGAUUCCACACAUAAAAUUCAAGUAACAAUUCCUGAAAGUGUCAACGUUUCUCCAACGCCUUCCUCAAAAUCAACCGAUCAUUCUUCGCCUUCAUUGCAUCCGAUUUCCGAUCCUCUGAAAGUCGCGUCCGGCUAUUUAGAUCCUACUUCAUCAUAUGAUCAUCUUAGCUCUUUGGCCAAGGAUUCUACCAGUACCAUAAAAGACUUGACGGACAUAAGCGAAGAUGCGACGGAUGAACGUCAAGAUAUAGUCUGGUUUUUCUCGUUUCAGAUGGCUCUACAACGGAAAGAAUUUGAUUUUACAGCUGUCGACGAAAAUGACCUUUUGCACAUCACGGCUUUGGGUGCCGCAACGACUGAUCUUCAAAAAAAUAGUAACGUUGCAUUAGACGAAUUACUUUACGACGAACAAGAUCUAUUGCGCAGCUAUGACAAGAUAGAGGCGGUGGACUAUCACCAGGAGGUUGAAGUUGAGGGUAUAAAGUUUACGAGUUAUAAUGCUGGUCAUGUUCUAGGAGCAGCCAUGUUUUUGAUCGAGAUCGCUGGAGUAAAGAUUUUGUACACUGGCGAUUAUUCAAGGGAGGAGGAUAGGCAUCUGAUGGCGGCAGAGUUACCACCAGUUCAGGCCGAUGUGUUGAUCACCGAAUCUACUUACGGCGUUCAGAGUCACGAACCUCGAUUGGAGAAGGAGGCAAGAUUUACUGGCUUGGUCCAUAAAAUCGUACAACGUGGUGGUCGUUGCCUGAUUCCCGUUUUCGCUUUGGGUCGCGCCCAAGAAUUGCUUCUGAUCCUCGAUGAAUAUUGGGAAGCUCAUCCUGAAUUAGAAUCGGUGCCCAUCUAUUAUGCCUCGUCAUUGGCAAAAAAAUGUAUGGCAGUCUAUCAGACAUACAUCAACAUGAUGAAUGCCAAGAUUCGCAAACAGUUCGCCAUAUCAAAUCCUUUUGUUUUCAAGCACAUUUCAAACUUAAAGAAUAUGGAUAAUUUUGACGACGUGGGUCCUUGUGUGAUGAUGGCUAGUCCUGGUAUGUUGCAGAGUGGACUUUCGCGGGAACUCUUUGAACGAUGGUGUCCCGAUAAGAGGAAUGGCCUUGUCAUUGCGGGUUAUUGUGUUGAUGGAACCAUGGCAAGGCAUGUCAUGAAUGAACCCCCUGAAAUUACAUCGCUAUCGGGUGCCAAAAUUCCGUUACGCAUGGAAGUUGACUACAUAUCUUUCUCUGCCCACGUCGAUUACACUCAAAACAGCAAAUUUAUUGACGAAAUCAAAGCUCCUCACGUAGUACUUGUUCAUGGUGAAUCGAACUCUAUGGCCAGGUUAAAAUCCGCUUUGCAGAGCAAGUACACUGAACGCGAAGAAAACAUUAAGAUCUAUUCUCCGAAAAAUUGCGAAACAGUAAAGUUGCAUUUUAGGGGUGAAAAAUUGGCAAAGACAAUAGGAAAACUCGCUGCUAAAUAUCCCGCAGAACAACAGCUCGUUUCUGGAAUCAUAGUGUCUAAAGACUUCCAAUUCAACAUAAUGGAUCCCGUUGACCUGAAAGACUUUAGUGGUAUCUCCACAUCCGCAAUAAUCCAAAAGCAAACUAUUGCAUAUCAUUCUUCUUUUUCGUUAUUAAAGUAUCACCUGGAGCAAAUGUACGGGCUGCUUGAAGAAACAUUGAGUAAUGAUAGCAUUCCAACUCUGACGAUUCUGGAUGCAAUUGCGGUUCGGCAUCUCAGCAAGAGUCAAGUUCAACUCGAAUGGUUGGGCACCUCGAUGAAUGAUAAGAUUGCCGAUUCGGUACUGGCGGUAUUAUUGAACAUUGAGAGCAGCCCUGCUUCUGUCAAAGUUACGAAACAACAACAUCAUCAUUCUCACAUUCCGGAAGAGGAUGACCACAAGAUAAUGGAAAUUGAUGGUGAGGAAAGUUCAAAAGAGGUUACGGAUUCUUCCCUUAAGCCAAUAUCGGUGUCGUUGCGCGCGGCAGCCGAAGAAUAUUUAAAACGCCAAUUUGGCGAGGCAUAUGGCAAACAAGAUUCGGACGACGAAAUUAUUGUUAAAGUGGAUAAGGUCAUCGCGGAAGUGAACAUCAACACUUUGGAGGUGAAAACUGAUGACGAAACACUUCGAGAUAGACUGAACAAUAUAUUACCUAGGAUUUUGAGGUUUUUAAGGCCAUUGGAGUUUUGUCCCGAAUAG